AUGUCAACUAGUUUAUAAUAAUUUGAUCUUUUUUCACUGCCUUUCCUUUUCAACCUACAUGGCAAUGAGAAAACUAGAAAAACUAAAUUUGGAGGUUUAGUUUCUAUAAUGAUUAUUCUUACUGCAUUAGCUUAUUUCAUUUACCUUCUAUAUCUCUACUUUGGAAACCAAAUAAACCCAAGCUUCACCUAAUUUGAAUAAUAGAUCAAUUAUAGCUUCUAGAUGAAUGUGACAAAUGACAUUUUAGCAUUUAAAAUCAUUUUAAAAUCUGGAGAAACUCUAGUUUAAAGGUAAGAAGAAACAGGUUUAGUGUAUUUAAAUUUAAUUGCUGAGUAUGUUGAAAAAAGCUCAAUUCCUAACUAAAAAUCAAAUAUCACAAAUUUGAAUUUUGUCAAAUGCGAAGAUCCUUUACUAAGUGACUACAGUUGUUUAGAUUUUUCACCUGUUAGUAAAAACAAGCUAGAGAUGCCUUUUGACUUUGAUAACAAGUUUCUUGGCAAAUACAGUAUAGCUGUUAAAUUUAUAAUAUGUGAUUAAAAAUUGUUAUUACCAUCUUAAAAAUGUGCUACUCCAUAAUAGAUCAGAUAAGAAGUUCUCACUUUAGGAACUCAAGGGGUAUUGAGAAUAAAAACUUAGCAGUUUGAUCCUAAUUCGUAAAAAUAUAUUGAUAAAGUAAGGCAUGAACUAUUUUCUUUCAAUGAUUUUCUUUGUAAUAUAUCUUCAAUAGCACUUUUUUCAGCAAAUACCACUAUAAGCUCAGGAUUUAUAAUACAAAAUCAAAAGCUAAAUUCCUACUUUUUUGAUUUUUAAAGAACGCAUACUACUAAUACAAUUUAAUUUAUGAAUGAGGAAGAAGGUUAUAACUUAGCCAAUUAUAUUUAUAUAUACAUAGGAAAUACUGGUAUGACUCAAGUAGUUUCAUAUCCUUAGUUUACAUCUUUGCUGGCUUAAUUUGCAAGUGUACUUAAUACUCUACUUAUUAUUGGUAUCAUAUGCAAAUUCUUUUCUUAGAAUUAGAUAUUACAGGAUUUUGUUGAUAUUUAGAUUAAAACCCAUUACAAAAAAACAGCUUGGACCUUAUUAAAAUGCUAAAAUAAAAAUCAAGUUUGCUCUAAAAGUAGCACUCCCUUUUAGUAUUUUUCUCAGAUUCAUUUUUAGAUAUAGAAUAUGAAUUUUAAAUAAUAAAUGGGCAAGUUUCUAUAAUUGAGCUUUUUUGAGAAGUUAAAACUAUAACUUAUUGGCAGUAAUAAUCCAGAGCAAUAAGAAAAAGAUAAAAAGGAAAUUAAGAUUUACAAGGAAUUAUUAAAACAAACUCAAAAACAGCUGAAUAUAACAGAGCUAUAAAAAGAGAUAAUGAGUAUUAAAAUUAUUUUAAGAUUACUUUUAUCUGUUGAGUAAUAUGCAGCCAUCUAGUUAUGCGGAUAUUCUGUCUUAAAAGAAAAUAAAGCUUUAGAUGAAGAUUUGAAAGUUAACAAAUCUUAAAAAGACCAGAAUGACAAGAAAAGUUUAAAAGGAUAUUCAAGUGUCUCCAUAUAAAAUUAAUAAUAAAGUUAGAAUGCUAAUUCUGAGUGGAAAUAAACUGAACAAAUUAAUGGUUUAAUUGAAAAGACUCAAAGCAAUAUACCUUUAAAAGAUAAUUAAAAUAAUGAAUAAAAAGAAAAAGAUACAAUCGAGAGAGAUUUAAAUAAGCAAAAUCAUCGAAAAAACUUGUAGGAAAAAUAUAUAGCUCAAGAUUAGCAAAUUUAAUUAACAAAUAUUAAAAAGUAACCAACUUAAGAAAUAGACAGUGAGAAUGUCGAUCUGCUUAAGAUAAACUUGCUGGAUAUUUAAUAGUCGCCUCAAGCUUAACAAAGUCUUUUGUAAAAUAAUAUUAUAAAAGACCACUUAGAAAAAAUUGAUUUAGUAGAUAGUGAUUAAAAUUAUUUCGAAAAAUGCCUUGAGAAUUUUUUUAAAAAGUAUCACCAUAAAUCUGAUUUAGACAGAAGAAUUCUUGGUUGUAUGAUAGGAUAUGAUUAGGAAAUAUUCGAAAAUACUCCUAAAUCCUGA